AUUGAACAACAUUCAGCACAUUAGCCUCGCAAGAUGGUCAACUUUGAGCAAGCCGCCGAACUCGCCAAGAAGUUUUCUAAGAAGCCCACGGACUCGGAGUUCUUGGAGUUCUAUGGACUCUUCAAGCAGGCCACCGUUGGAGAUGUAAACAUCGAUAAGCCUGGAUUACUCGAUUUAAAGAAGAAGGCCAUGUAUGAGGCGUGGAGCGCACAUAAGGGUUUGUCCAAGGAUGCCGCCAAGGAAGCUUACGUCAAGGUCUACGAGAAGUAUGCGCCCAAAUAUGCCUAA